AUGGAGGAAAAGAAGGAACGAGUUAUAUGGCUUGGAAUUCAGAGGGGUGGAGUCAUGAUUCAUCUUUUUAGACACCUGCUUGCCUACUUCAUUCAGGAGGCAUUGUCGGUAGAGAACUGCAUCACUUGUGCGCCACUCCAGCCACCUGGAUUACAUGCAUCAGAUGCCACUAUGGGAGCAAUCUCAAGCUCACCUGAGGGCUCAGGCAUUGAUUCAGGCCAUCGGGCAAGGAGGAGUGAGGAAACACCUUUCAGACUUCUCACAGUAAGAAUAAUGAGAGCCAGAAAUAUCCAGAAGGCGGACUUAUUCACAGAAUCUGAUUGCUAUGUCUGUCUAUCGCUGCCAACUGCUUCAAGUGAAACAGUCCGGACCAAAACUAUUCCCAAUUCAAAAGAUCCAGUAUGGAAUCAGGCCUUUACGUACAGGAUCGACAGCCGUGUGAAGAAUAUCCUGCACCUGAAAAUCUGUGAUGAAGAUUCAUUUAGCAAAGAUGAUCACCUUUAUACAGUCCUCUUUGAUGUUGGUAAACUGAAAACUGGACAAACCAGUCGUGUGAACUUCAAACUGAAUACAGAAACACGUGAAGAGAUGGAUGUGGAGUUCACGUUACAGUCCAUCCCAGGCCUUUCUGAAAACAUCAUUACAAAUGGAGCAUUGGUGCUACGUGAUGUUUUAUGUCUGGAAGUUAUGCUAGAUCUUGAGAAACUGAAGCAACACUAUACAAAAGGUGACCUGACACUUACAGUCAAAGGUUCCUAUGAGGAAAUGCAUAGAAUUCCACUGGCUCCUGACUCUCACCGUAGUAACAGUAUUGUUGUUCAGUUCCACUGUAUCAAGAAUCUUCAAUCAAAUCUGAAAAUCACACUACCCCAGAAGAUGCAGUGGUCAAAACUGACUUCAUUUAAAGAAAACACAGGAAGUAAUGCCACUGUAAUUAUACCUUUGGAUGAUUUUCCCAUACAAGAGAAAAUAAGAAUUGGAGAGAAUGAAAUGUGUGAUGUGCAUGUGAAGGCGAAGGACUGGCCCAAAGGUCUAGAUGUUCGCUUAGCAUAUGACUUAUGUACAGAGGAAAAGAAUUUCCUAAAAAAAAGAAGGAAGUACGUUGCUGCUGCUAUGAAGAAGGUUCUUCGGCUGAAAGAAGAGCUGCAAGAUGAUGAGGUACCUGUGGUGGCAAUCAUGACAACAGGGGGUGGAACCAGGUCAUUUACAGCAAUGUAUGGAAGCCUUCUGGGUUUGCAGAAACUGAACCUAUUAGACUGUUUUACGUACCUUACAGGUUUAUCUGGCACAACAUGGACUAUUGCGAAAUUGUAUGAAGAUGCUAACUGGUCACAGAAAUACCUGGAAGAAGCUAUUAACAAAGCCCGGAAGCAAGUGACCAAAUCCAAGCUUAACUCUUUUUCUAUGGAUAAACUGAAGUAUUAUUAUGAUGAACUGAAGCAAAGAACCGAAGAUGGCUACAACACUUCAUUUAUAGAUCUCUGGGGACUUGUCAUUGAGUCCAUGUUACAUGAUGGGAAAGACAAUACUAAACUGUCAGAUCAGCAAGUGACAGUCAACGACGGUCAGAACCCCUUGCCCAUUUACUUGGCUAUCAGUCUAAAAGAUGACUAUAGUGCUCAAGAUUUUAGAGAAUGGCUGGAGUUCACUCCUUAUGAAGUGGGAAGCUUAAAACAUGGAGCGUACAUUCGUUCCAAAGAUUUUGGUAGUGAGUUUUUCAUGGGACGCCUGAUGAAGAAGCUCCCUGAAAUGCGAAUCUGCUUCCUGGAAGGUAUGUGGAGCAGUAUAUUUUCCUUUGACUUUAUGCACUUCUGGUAUGCAGCUACUGACUCCGAAGACUUCUGGCACAAGUGGACAAGAGACAGAGUAAAAGAUAUUGAUGAUUUUCCAAUCCCUUCAAGACCACACAGUCUGGAAACUCUCCUGGUCACUUCUCAAAGUCAGUUUUCUUAUACUUUCCGAGAUGUCUUAACAGGACGCCCAACAAUAGCAGACUAUCCCAAUUUUUUGAGAGGCCUCCAGUUUCAUGAGGAGUAUUUGAAGAAUGAGCAGUUUUCUACAUGGAAAGACACUGUUUUAGAUUCUCAACCUAACAAACUAAUGGAAACAGCAGACCAAGCUCUGUCUCUGGUGGAUACUGGAUUUUUUAUCAACACAAGCUAUCCUCCCCUUUUGAGGCCUGAGAGGAAAGUGGAUGUUAUACUGCAUUUAAAUUACUCUGGGGGUUCCCAGACCAAGAAUCUGGACCAGUUUUUAGCAUAUGUCUCUCAGCAAGGAAUCCCAUUUCCCAAAAUAGAGAUCAGUGAGGAAGACAGGAAAAACCUGAAGGAGUGCUACAUGUUUGAAGACAGAGAUAAUGCCUCAGCACCUAUAGUGCUCUUUUUCCCACUGACAAAUGAUACCUUCAGAAAAUAUGAAUCACCUGGUGUGGAACGCAGCCCCACAGAUGUGGAGGAAGGCAAUGUAGAUGUCUCCAGUUUUCUUUCCCCAUUUACUACAAGGGAAGUAUCAUUUUCCGAGGAGAAUUUUGACAGACUGGUGAAACUGACUGAAUACAACAUCCUAAACAAUGAGAACAAGAUCCUUGAAGCCUUGCGUGUGGCUGUAGAGCGGAGAAAAUGGCAGAAGUCAUAAGCCCCAGGGUUGCUGAUGUUUGGCUACUGUCUGAAACAUACUUACUGAAGCCCACUUACUAGUGUGGAA